AUGGAAGAUAUUAAGAUUAAAGAAGAAAUGAAGAUGCCAAAGGAUCUCACAGAAUUGAUUAUCAAGUUAGGAAACAAAAUGAAUGUACAUUUUAAUACAAUUGGGACAGCCACAUUUGUAUUAAGGACUGUUCGUGAAAUUGUUAUCGCGGCAUGGGCAAUACAAAAGCCUGAAGUAAAACCAUUGAAUCAAGAAGAUCUAAAAUGUAAACAAUUAAUGAGGGAGGUGAUUAAUGCUGAAUCUGAUUUAGUUGGAUUGUUAGGAAUUGAUUUUUCAGUCAAAUUGCCAGAAAUAGUUUUACAAUACAAAUCAAAUGAAAUCGCUUUAGCAGCGGUUUAUAUAAUUAUUAGUAGGCUUUCUUUACGAUGCACAGAGAAUUUUACUGAUUUAUGUAAAAAGUUUGGAAAAGCAAAUCCUGUUUCGGUGAUGAAACUAUUCGAAAAGUUAUCAUAG